AUGAACUUGAUAAUUAGGAGGAUUUUACCGGCAUGUCGUUAUUUUCUCCGCUCACAACAUACUGAAGGUUUUACAGCAUCCGAAAAUUCUAUCCAUGUCGAAAAUUACCCUGGACACAUCAAGACCAGUUCCUUACAAAAGUGUCUUCUGAGUCUUGGGAGUGGGAUUGGGUGUUUAAUGGACCCAAGAAGGGCUGGUAACUGA